GUCCUGCGAAUAGUGUGCAUGUUGAACCGCUUCUUCUCCUCCUUCUCCUCUCUCUUCGGUCACUUUCAUUUGUCAGCCUCCACGUACAACGCGCUGCAGACAUGGCGAUCGUAUCAAACGAUCUUGUUGCAAAAGCAGAAGAUAUUGCCGAUCAGAUUUUGCGGUAUAAAAGUGUAUUACCCACUAUAGCACGAUUGUGCUUGAUCUCCACAUUCCUUGAAGAUGGAUUACGCAUGUGGUUCCAAUGGAACGAGCAAAAAGACUACAUGGAUAUGUCAUGGGGCUGCGGGAAGUUCUUGGCAACAGUAUUCGUACUCAUUAACCUUGUUGGACAGAUUGGAGGCUGUGUGAUGGUUUUGGGCCGUUUCAAGGUGCCCAUCGCCUGCGGAAUCCUGUUUUUCAUCGUUAUUCUCCAGACAUUUGCGUACAGCAUUUUGUGGGAUCUUCAGUUCUCAUUCCGCAGCUUGGCACUCAUAGGAGCCUUGUUGUUAGUUCUUGCUGAAAGCAGAGUGGAAUCAAGGAGUUUAUUUGCAGGAGUUCCAUCACUUGGUGACAAUAAGCCCAAGAACUACUUGCAGCUGACUGGUCGUGUUCUUAUAGCAUUCAUGUUUAUUACUCUGCUGCGUUUUGAGGUUUCUUUCCUACAGAUCGUCCAGGAUAUUCUUGGAUCAGUCUUAAUGGUCCUUGUAACUAUUGGCUACAAGACUAAGCUUUCUGCCCUUAUCCUUGUCAUGCUGUUGUCUCUGCUCAAUAUUUAUCACAAUGCUUGGUGGACAAUUCCCACCCACAGACCGCUGAGAGACUUCUUGAAAUAUGAUUUCUUCCAGACCCUAUCUGUGAUUGGUGGUCUUCUCAUGAUCGUAUCUCUGGGACCUGGUGGAGUAUCAAUGGAUGAGCACAAAAAGAAGUGGUGACCGCCUUAAUAUCUCAUCUUAAAUCAUAUUGUUCUGAAGAUGUGGUUUUGAAACAGAACUGAAUUUCCUUUUAAUUAAAGUUUAGAGAAUGUUGUCAGACAGAAGCAUAAUGCAAAAUUGCCUGGAAAAAUACUGUCUCCCUUUGUUACAGCUUUCUGUUGUUUGUGAUAAACUGACUUAAGUUGAAUGUUUUCCUCUUUGAGUACAUGGGGAUCGAAUGACUGUGACAUAAUGUGUGCAAUUGUGUAUAUAAUGACUGGACCAUUGAUAAAAUUGUAUAUUUGAGGUACAUUGAAGAACUAUCAUGUUAGUACCUGGUUGUCGGCUCUCUGAAAAUUUCUAUCCUAGUUCUGUAUUUAAUCAAUUCUGAAAUUUGUGAGAGUCAUUAAACUGACACACAUUAAUAUACUAAUUUUAAAAAAUUGGUAUGCAGUGACCAGGUGAAGAAAGUCACUCCUAGGGGUUAACCACUUAAAUGUUGAAUGGGAAGGACAGGUGUAAGUAGUAAAUUUUCUUACAAUUUGUUUUAUGCCAUCUGAGAAAGCACCUAUUGUUGCUCUAUAUUUUUAUUUUCUGUUAAAUUUAAGAUUAAGAGCUAGGUUUGAAACAACAUUCUUUGUUGGCCUUGUGUUGCUUGUAUGUGUUGUCCAAUGUAAAUUUUACUUCAAAAGUGUUAGCAAAAUGUUACUGAAACAAAGCACCUAAUAAGUACAGUGUAGUUUUGGAUUACUCGAUCAUUCCUGCCAUCACUAUUAAGACAUUUGCUAACUCUUUGUAUCUAAAAGCACACAUCAAGCUUUCUGUAUUUAUUGUUGUUAUCAAAGGGUUUUUCCUUUUCUUUUUAAUUUUCUGUUUUUAUGUGAUGACAAAACAUCAAAUGUAAGUGAAGAUUUGAAGGGUAUUUGAUUUGAAAUUAUAAGUGGGUAUCUUUUGCCACUAUCCCCAUUCUCUUCCUUUGAGGCUUUUAUUUUUCCAAAGCCACUUUGCUCUAUCCUAUGUACUUCGAUCUUUAAAAGAAAAAAUAUAUAUCCUUGUAUAGUGUUGUUUUCACUCAAUUUAUGUCUAUGGUUACCUGAAGGUUAGUCAUUUGUAUGCCUCAGACUACAAUGUUGUUCAAGACUGACUGAACUGUAUCGGAAGUAAAUGGAUAAAUAAAACAUAAGUUUCCCCCAUUUGUCCUAA